AUGGGAAAGCAGUGGUCUUUCUUCAGUGUUAUGGAUACCCUUUUGUUGUGUAUCCUUCUUUCGUCUGAAGUAGUUUUCACUAGUAUUCUAAAGGUUGGCAAAGUCUAUCCGAGGAUUGAAGGUUCUCAAAUGAAUUGGAUUGACAAGAAUGGCAUUUUGCUUGUUUCAUACAAAGAAAAAUUUGGAUUUGGCUUUGUCACCACACCAAAUGACAUCACAUUGUUUCUAUUAGCAGUAGUCCACAUGGACAGCAACACGGUGGUUUGGGUUGCAAAUAGGGGUCUUCCUGUUUCCAACUCUGAUAAGUUGGUGUUCGAUGAGAAGGGCUAUCUCUAUUUGCGUAAAGGACCUGGAGUGGUGUGGUCUACAGGUACAAGAGGCAAGGAAGUUUCUUCAAUGGAAUUGAGAGACACUGGAAACUUGGUUUUGCUAGGGAAUGAUAGUAGCGUGAUUUGGCAGAGUUUUAGCCACCCAACAGAUACCUUGUUACCAAUGCAGGACUUCAUUGAGGGAAUGAAACUUUUCAGUGAACCUGAUCCCAACAACUUGACCUAUGUUCUGGAGAUUGAAUCUGGCAAUGUCAUUCUUUCCACUGGUUCACAAACUCCACAGCCUUAUUGGUCUAUGAAGAAGGAUAGCCGCAAAAAAAUCAUCAACAAAAAUGGUGAUGUGGUGGCUUCAGCUACCCUUAAUGCAAGCUCUUGGAGCUUCUAUGAUGACACUAAAUCCUUAUUGUGGCAAUUUAAUUUUUCUGAAAAAUCAGAUGCAAAUGCCACUUGGAUUGUAGUUUUGGGGAGUGAUGGCUUUAUCACAUUCUCCAAUCUCCAAAGUGGAGGAGCAGUUGUUGCUUCAUUAAUAAGAAUACCACAAGAUUCUUGCAGCACCCCAGAACCUUGUGAUCCCUAUAACAUAUGCAGUGGUGACAAAAAGUGCACCUGCCCUUCUGUUCUCAGCUCUAGCCCUAAUUGCAAACCCGGUUUUGUCUCUCCUUGCAGCUCAAAAGGCUCCAUUGAGCUCCUCAAAGCGGAUGAUGGACUUAAUUACUUUGCACUUGGGUUUAUUCCACCCUCUUCAAAGACUGAUUUGAUUGGUUGCAAAACCUCUUGCAGUGCAAACUGCUCAUGCCUUGCUAUGUUCUUCAACAGCAGUUCAGGGAACUGUUUCCUAUUGGACAGGAUUGGAAGCUUUGAGAAAUCUGACAAAGAUUCUGGCUUAGUGUCCUACAUUAAGGUGGUAUCUAGUGAUGGACACACUAGAGACAGUGGAAGCAGCAAUAUGCAGACAAUAGUUAUUGUGAUCAUUGUGAUAGUAACAUUGUUUAUCAUUUCUGGUAUGCUGUUUGUGGCACAUAGAUGCUUCAAAAAAAAGCAAGAUUUGCCUGAGUCUCCUCACGAGAAUUCAGAAGAUGACAAUUUCUUGGAGAGUUUAACUGGCAUGCCAAUCCGUUACAGCUACAAUGAUCUAAAAACUGCAACAUGUAACUUCUCAGUGAAGCUAGGAGAAGGGGGUUUUGGUUCAGUUUAUAAAGGAGCUCUACCAGAUGGUACUGAACUAGCUGUGAAGAAGUUGGAAGGAAUUGGCCAAGGGAAGAAAGAGUUCAGGAUUGAAGUUAGCAUUAUAGGAAGCAUUCAUCACCAUCAUUUGGUAAGGCUUAAAGGGUUUUGUGCUGAAGGGUCUCAUAGACUUCUUGCUUAUGAGUACAUGGCCAAUGGAUCAUUGGAUAAAUGGAUAUUCGACAAGCACAGAGAGGAAUUGUUGUUAGAUUGGGAUACGAGAUAUAACAUAGCACUUGGAACGGCAAAAGGACUUGCUUACCUCCAUGAAGAUUGUGACUCAAAGAUUAUUCAUUGUGACAUCAAACCGGAAAAUGUGCUUCUAGAUAACGACUUCCUGGUCAAGGUUUCUGAUUUUGGCUUGGCUAAGCUCAUGACACGUGAACAAAGCCAUGUUUUCACAACACUUAGAGGCACUAGAGGGUAUCUAGCCCCUGAGUGGAUCACAAACUGUGCCAUAUCAGAGAAAAGUGACGUUUAUAGCUAUGGCAUGGUGUUGCUAGAGAUCAUUGGGGGGAGAAAAAACUAUGAUCCAAGGGAAACAUCAGAGAAAUCCCAUUUCCCAUCUUUUGCUUUUAAGAUGAUAGAAGAAGGGAAGGAGAGAGAGAUUCUUGACUCAAAGCUGGAAACUUAUGAAAAUGAUGAGAGGGUUCAGACUGCUGUGAAAGUUGCAUUGUGGUGCAUACAAGAAGACAUGUCUUUGAGGCCUUCUAUGACCAAAGUUAUCCAAAUGCUAGAGGGUCUGUGCACUGUUCCCAAGCCACCAACUUGUUCUGUCCUUGGUUAUCGGUUCUACUCAAAUAGUGAUGCUGGUACUUCUUCAGGACCAUCAGAUUGUAACAGUGAUACCAAUCUUUCUGCUGCUAGGCUUUCAGGACCAAGAUGA